ACACAGUUUGAUAGAAUUCUCCAUCAAGCGAUGUGGAACAACAAGGUGCAAAACAUGAACGCCGGAGUAACGAGAGUGACGAUGAGUUUCUUAGCGUUGAUGCUAAUAGGGUGCCAACAAGGUGCUUGCUAUGGCACUGACACAGCCAACCAUGUUACUGUGGCUGACAUUGUCACAACUGAAUUCUUCAACGCCAUAUUAGACGAAGGUGACGACGAUGCAGAUUGUCCAGGCAAGGAUUUCUAUUCUCGACAAGCCUUCCUGCAUGCUCUCAAUUCCUACAAACAGUUUGGUAGGAGUGGUUCUGUAGAUGACUCCAAACGUGAAAUUGCAGCUGCUUUUGCUCAUUUCACCCAUGAAACUCAACAUUUUUGCUACAUAGAAGAGACUGAAGGUGAAUCAAAGGACUAUUGUGACGAAAGCAACAGUGAUCAGUAUCCGUGUGCGGCUGACAAGGAGUACUAUGGUCGUGGGCCGAUUCAACUGAAAUGGAACUACAACUACGGAGCAGCAGGAGAAAGCAUUGGUUUUGAUGGGUUGAAGGCACCGGAGACAGUGGGGAGUGACCCAGUGGUGUCGUUCAAGACAGCACUGUGGUACUGGACAGAAAAUGUGAGCCCUGUGAUGGAACAAGGAUUUGGUGAAACCAUUAGAGCAAUGAAAGGUGAAGUUGAAUGUGAUGGAGGAAACCCUGAUGCUGUUCAGGCUCGUGUUGAUUACUACACACAAUACUGUUCGCAGCUUGGUGUUGCUCCUGGUGAUAAUCUCACUUGCUAAGUCAUCUCAGUUACUCAAUGCAUCAUCCAUGGAUAUCAAUAGGGAAGAACAUGCAUGUCUGAUCCUUCUUCUAUCAUAUAUCAUAUGUAUGCUGUAAAAUAAUCAGUUCUAUGCGUCAGAUAUAUCGUACCUUUCGCAAGAAUUAUAUAUGCUCCUUUUCAUUUGCUUUAUUCUUAUAAUAUUAAGAGUUAUGUUGCUUCGAAAUGUUGUGAUAAC